AUGGAGGUGAACGCCCAAAAGCUGCUCCAGGAGUUCGAGAACAUCGCCUUCAGAGAUGGCGAGACCGUCGAUCAAUUCGGCAUGCGCAUCACCAACCUUGUUGCCAUCCUCCGCACGCUGGGUGAAACGGUGGAGGACGCCCGCGUCGUCAAGAAGUUCUUGCGCGUGGUGCCUUCACGUUUCACGCCGGUGGUCGUGUCGAUCAAAAUGUUCUGCGACAUGAAAACCAUGAAGGUGGAGGAGCUCGUGGGGCGCCUGCGUGCGGCGGAGGACCGGCUCGACGUCAAGGUCGAGCACAUUGUCGACAAGACGGGGCAACUCCUGUUGGCCGAGGAGGAGUGGAUGGAGAAGCACAAACAUCGGUUCCAUGCGGGGCCGAAAGAAGGAGGCGGCGUCAAAUUGACCUCCGAGGGCACGCCCAGGCGGAAGGGGCGCUGCCGUAACUACGGGAUAUAUGGCCAUUGGGCACAAGACUGCAAACGCCCAAAGAAGGAGAAAAAGAAGGAGCCCAAGCAGGCGGAGGCCGAUGUGGCCAUCGGCGGCGCGGAACACGGCGCGCUCCUGCUGGCGGAGUGCGACGUUGACGCAGUGCAUAGGUCGACCCAGACCGUGCACAUGACCGAGAAGGUGAUCCCAGUCGACGUUCCAGAGGGCGUGUGCAUAACUACAAAUAGAUUGUACCUUGCAAAAUUUGGAUCGGCACCACCAGUUUGCUUUCUUGCACAUUCAGAAGAUUUAUCAUGGCGUUUGCAUGCUAGAUUUGGGCAUUUGAACUUUAAAGCUUUGAAUGGUCUCAGUGCAAAGAAUUUAGUAGAGGGAAUGCCAGUUGUGAAAAGGGUAGAGAAAAUCUGUGAUGGAUGUGUCCUUGGUGGCAGCACAGAUCAACAAUCAGAUAGUUUUGUUGUUCACUAUGAGACUUCUGACGAAAAUCUGACAACAGCUGGAAUGGCCGGGGAUCUUGAGAUUCCUGCUGUAGAUGGAGCAGGGCAUGAUCCAGCUGAUCAAGAUGGUGUUGUGGAUCCUCUUGAAGUGGCACCAAACUCUCCUAACACACCAGAACCAGCUCAAGUUCAAGGUCAUGGGUGGGCAACACCACCAAACCAAAAUUCUGAAAAUUCAGAAGAAGGGCCUGUUAGAUUCAGAACAAUGGCAGACCUGCUUGAUUCAACUGAUGUAAUCCAUGAUUUUGAGGAUAGUGGUGUGUUUAUGUUAGCAGCAGAUGAACCAACUAAUAUUGAUCAAGCUCUAGAAGAAAGAAUCACGGCUAAGGUGGAGACUGCCCACCUUGGGCCGUGA